AUGGUGUUGAGGGUUCUUUCACAUUUUUAUGACCCAACAUAUCAUUGUUUCACUUUCCCCGAUUAUCCAUUGUCCCCGACUCUCGAAGAAUUCGCUUACAUUGUGAGAAUUCCAAUCCGUGAUAAGGUUCCAUUUAUUGGAGGAGAGGAGGUACCGAAGUCCCACGUUAUUGGGGCAUCUCUACAUGUUCCAAAGGUUGAAGUAGAAAAAGGUCUCAUCACUAAAGGAGGAAUUUCUGGUUUCCCCAUCAAGUACUUGGUGGAAAGAGCUUCACAUUAUGCCGACAUGAAUGAUGUGUUUGAGGUUCCUACUCUUCUAGGAGAUGUCUAUUACUCCAUCCACUUUAGGACCGAGAAGAAGGGUGGAUGGGUUUGUUGUUGUGGACCUAUAUUGUACAAGGGGUUUAUUUCGCACUUGCCGCAGUCCACUCUAUACAACAAGGACAACCUCAUGUGGUCAAAAAGCCUUAUGGCUCUUACUAAUAGGGACAUAGUAUGGUACAACACAACCUAUGAUAUUGGGGCAAUUGUAGUGAGUUAUGGAGAAUUCCCCAACGUACCUCUUAUUGGUACCAAGGGAGCUAUUACUUACAAUCCAUCUUUAGCAUAUUGUUAUCUUGGAUAUUCCAUGGAUGAUAAGCCUAACUCUCUUUUGGUUACUCCUGUUUUCAUCUGA